GUAAACUUUUUUUUUAUAGGUGUUCUAACUUGCCUACCGUAUUUCCUGCUUCGAUAAAAUUACUAGAAUGUCUUAGCCAGUAUAGUAAAUUUUUUUCGCUGUCCACCGUCGACAAAUUCUACUCUCCAUGGGCAACGUUCGGCAAUACUGAUUGUUGAAGCUUCGGUCGUUUCUUCUAUGUUUUUUUAAGCAAAGAGAACCUUCAUAGAUUCCCAUGAAACAGACAAGGAAGGAAGUUCGAUUAUGGCAAUGUAUCGUCGCCCAGGACUGCGAAGGAAAUCGUGCGACAAUAAGACGAUCACUGCCCAAGUGCGAUCAGAUGCUGGCGGCCAAGUGCCCAUGAGUGCUGAUUGUAGCCCUGUAGAUAAUUCAAUCGGGUUUAAUUAUCCGAUCCUCACUUGCGGCACGUGUAAAGGGAUCGUAGCUUCGCCGAAAUUCGGGAGAAAUUCGCAAGAAACCAUCGUCCAACGGAUCACUGACAGCGAGAGCAAAGACAGUCUGGAGCAGGCCUCGUUUUGCGGUUGGAUUGCUCCCCGAGCUUCAGAAUUCUUCCGACCGACAUCUUCAUUCGAAGACGAAGACGACAACGAAGUCAUCGUGCUAAAGCGGAAACGCGAUUGCAAAAUUGCUGUGCGACCGAAAUUCGCGCUUCCUGAACACUUCGUUGACAAGCUCAAGCUCCUCAAGCGAGUUGAAUAUCAGCUAUCUCAUGAUUCACCCCUGCGAAAUCUCAAAGAAGAUUCUCAGAAGGAACCAAUAACGGUUAAGAAGCGAAAGAAGCUCUGCUUUGUUGACGAUCCCGAAACUGCAAAAAGACAAAAGAAAAGCAUGUCUCAAAGAGCAUCGCAAAAUCGGGUUCUCGGCUGCGAUGAACGAAGGAAUGAAUCAGUCAAAGGUUACAACAUCAGCUCAUAUACAAGAUGA